CCGGCUUCUUCUAUUCUGCAUUUUUGCUCCUCAAUGCAUGGGCAGACCCUAAUAUUGCUGGCAAUGACCGCCGGACUUCCUUGCAUUUUGCCGUUCUCACACAUUCGCCAAUGACUGUGCAGGUUUUGCUGGCUGGAAGGGCUGAUGUGCAUGUGAGGGAUUUGCAUGGCGAAACCGCUUUACAUUUUGCUGCCAUCAGCGAGAACGUGGCUUUCGUGAAACAGCUGAUCAUGGCAGGGGCUGACCCUUUGACUCCCAAUGAGGAAGGAGAUGUCCCGCUACUUUGGGGCCGUGAAGUGGACACUAAAGGUGCCCUUUUGGAAGGCUGUUGGCAUGACAUGUCGUAUACCAUGCUCUUUCUCUUAAACUUGCGAACCUUGUCAGCCUAUACAACUUGCAGGCCAUUGGAAAAGCUUUGCAAGUGCAUGCGCAAGCUGCUCUGUGAAUAUGUCUUGCACGAUGAAGCUGACUUCCAAGGAGGGGCCGAGUCAAACGCACCAACGGAGCGCCUUUUGCACUUGUACUUGUUUCGCAAUCCGCUCCCUGCAGAUCGGCCCCGGGUGUGGCAUCAAUUGCAAUUGUUUCAGUUAUAUGUGGAGCCUCUCCAGCCCACAUUGCAGAAAUUCCCGAGAUUGUUUUGGAUUUUGCCGGUGCCAUUUGAUGUCUCGCAAAGCAAGGAACAGUGGAAGGUGAAGCUGUUUGCUGCCUCCACGUUUUUGAAUUUGCUGCAGAAGGGCGAAGUCGUGAAGCUGGAGGGUGCCCUCAUCACCUGGUUUUGGCCAGAAAUUUUGCAGGACAUGUCCUUAUUGGACAUUCUUAGCACAAGGAACACAUCAUCCAGCGCACGUUCUAGAGCGAGGCAGCUAUCUACUGCUGUCCUCUUCUUCUCAGUGCUGGCCACACCUUUGCCGCAGACCACCCCAAAGAAAUUGAGUUCAAUGGAGACAAACAUCUGUCAUCGUUGGGUUCUUCUGCAAAGAUUUUUGCUCAGCAACAACCACCGCAAACCCAAGAGAGAGCAGCCUAGAGGAAAUCCCGUUUUGUUGCUGUCAGCAGCCCUGCGGCAGGAACUUGCACGACCCGCAAAUUUUGAGGAUAGGCAAGGUGGCGCAGAAGAUGUGAGCCAAGGUGGCACAGAAGAUGUGACCCGCCGAAUCUUGGAGAACAGGGGCGUGGCCCGUUCCCGCAAAAUGCUGAAGUUGGUGCAAUUGUCGCAUGGACUUGGAAUGGAGUUGCCGUUGCGGGGAGACAGCGUGGAUGCUAUGGUUCCCUAUCGUCACGAACAUUUUGCUCCCUGCGUAGACAUCACAACUCUGGCAUGGCUUCACCCCCAUGACAGAGACCGUCACGUUCGGUUCGAGUCUGAAGGCCACGUGUAUUACAUCCGUGGCAAGCAGACCAAUGGAUCUGUGACUGGGUUGAUCCAUGCCUUGGCACGACCAUUCGAUGCCGACGAAGUAAUUUCCAAUAUGAUGGCAGGUGACAGAUGGCCUCGCGCAGGCUAUUUGCGACCAUUCUUAGGAGAGACUGUAUUGAAGCGCGUCCGCCAAGUUGAUGCAGACCUUGUGCUUGCUCUCCUGGACUCCCCCCGCAAUGAUACAUGGAUCUCCAACCGGCUCCAGAGCCUGCGGACGAACUUUCCAGAGAUUGUCCAGAGUCUGGUAUUUGGCCCGCAUGAAAUCAAGCGCAUGUGGGAAGCCAACCGAAUUGAUGCUGCUCUUCGAGGCACCCACAUGCAUUUUUGGUUUGGAGCGCAUGUGAAUGGAUAUGUGGUGCCAAAAACAAGUCCAGAAUUCUCGAUGCUUGAAACCUUCUUACAAGACAUGCAAGGGUGGCGCGCCUUCCGCACGGAAUGGGUUAUUUUUGGUGAGGAAGAGAACAUUGCUGGGUCAAUCGAUCUCACUGCACAAAACCCAAAUGGGCAGUUGGCACUGAUUGACUGGAAGCGGACCUCCAGCCUAGCAUCGAAAUUCUCUUCGCCGUGGACGAUGCUACCGCCUUUAGAUCAUGUUCCGGACUGUGCUGGGUGGCAUUACCGGCUCCAACUGAACAUUUACAGGUAUAUUGUGGAGAAAUACUACGGCUUUGAGGUGGCUAUGAUGCUAGUGGUUUGCACCCACCCCGACCAACAAUUGCGGCCUUUCAUCGACCAUGUGCCGCGUCUCGACAAGGAGAUUGAAGUCGUGAUGAGUUUGCGGCGGGACAAAGCACAUGCUGUUGAUGUGUCUGGAGGGUCAGAUUUUGAGGAACAACUUGAGAAAGAAAUGGAUUGGCUGAAUGAGCAGGCGAAAGCCGAGGAGGCGGCUAGUAGGAGAGAUGGGAGGGGUGGGCCAGAGGGACCGGAAGAAGCACAGCAACCUGAAGGACUUGCAAGUCAAGCUCUUGAGGAUGAUGGAGCAAACCCACUGCCAGAAGUAGAUGAUGCAAAUCUGAGACAAUGCAAGAAGCGCCGCUUGCUUCCUGGAGCUGCUCAGUCCAUGCCGAAGUUUCAGAAAGAAUUUGACAGCUUGCGGGCUGCUGCAAAUACAUCUCUGCAGCAGGCGUCAAUCAAAAAGCCUGAGCAGAGCCAUUCCCUUUUGCAACAGAGCAGCUACAUGAUCAAGCAGGUGCGUGCUCGCAAGCCACAAUGGCCUGAGCAGCUUGUGCGCUUGGUGGCGUGCGCUUGCGUUUUGCCCCACAUGCGGCUCUGCGAUGCCUACCUCCGGGAACAUAUUUACUUGAUCUGGCUGAUGGAAGGUGGCCGCUACCUUCGUGUCCACAACGGACAAUGCUUUCUGUACCAUGAUUGCGGGGCUUUCCAAGUCUUUCGCGGAAGCCCGCCGGAACAAACAGUUGCCCGGAUCAAAGAGUUCAUACUUCAAGUCGAAGGAGCGCCUCAAUUUGAUGAAGUUGAUGAUGCGGAACCAGAAGCGGCGGCAACUGGUGAUGCAGGAGGGUGGACCCAAUCCAUUGCUAUCGCCCUAAGCAAGUUGAGCGUAACCCUGCAAAAGGAAGUCAUGGAUGAUAAGAUAUAUGGUCUCAUGAUUGAAUGGUGUGAAACGCCUUGCCAGAAGCAAGCUGGCUGUGCGUACAAAGAUAUAUGCGUUGUGUAUGAUUCAAAUGAAGAGAAUGUGGAAUUUGUGCAGCCAAGCCACGACAACAACCUCUACACAUUGAUCCCGCAUGCCUUAAAGCCUUCUUUGCCGGAUCCCGUCCUCCAAGCUGCGAGCUGCCGUUUGGAGAAGUUUUUCCGCGAGACCUUUUGGCGGAACUUCGAUGUCUUUUUGUGCUGUCAGGCAGCCCAAGCCAUCGCGAAAAGGGGUGAGAAUAUUGACCGAUGCUUCAUUGGUGAGAGCCCCGGUGGAGUAGGCCAAUCUUUAUACAGUUCUCACUCGAAUGCGGUUUAUGGACACAAUCACGCAUUCAUUGACCCUAAUAUUUGGUACGAUGAGCAAGAGCUCCGGAAGCAGAUUGAGCAAUUUGCAGGCUGCUUUAUCUUAACAGCGCAGGAGGCGCCUGAAACUUCACGCCGAAUGCGGGAAGACUUGUACAAAAAGACAAUGAGUGCAGAUGGCAUGGCUGGGAGGCGGCCGUACGGGUAUGUCACCCGCAUGAUUGAACUUACCGGAUGGAAGAGGAUGGAGGUCAAUCGUCUGAUGCAGUUCAAGGGUGUAUCUGAGCAUAACUUCCCAUCAAUCCUGCGGCGCAGUUUCCUUUGGCGUCCGCACGCUCGAUUUGUAUGUCCGCAAUACUUGGAAGAGCAUUACACAGAUGCGGCGCUGGAUGGGUACUUUCCAAAAGAUCCAACUUUGAAGGAGUUCCUUGUCUCAGGACCAGCAAUCGCCAGCAGCAUGCAGCUGCAGCACGCGUUUGAACAUACAUACUCACGAGCUGAAUGCAUACAUAUGAUAGAAUCAUAUUGCAAUUUGGGUGGUGAUCAGGGAUUGACAGAGGACAAAAUGCGAAUCGCUUGUGGGCUCCCACCGCGUCAGCGUGCCGAGAUCGCUGCUCCUGGGCUAGGCCCUGUGGAUGAUCAACUAAGCCAGGAUCAAGCAGAAAGUGUAAAAACAGGUUCUGAAGCAGUGGCCCGCCGCAUUGUGGAGGAAUGUCUUUCAAAGGGGUUCUUCAUGUUCACAUUGCAACAGUUCAAGACCAUGUCUCUGCCUUCGAAUGCACCCAAUUUAGACAAAGAGAGCAUGUUGACACAGCUACAAGAGCAUUUAUUGGUAAAGCAAAUAGCAAGAAAGCGCGGCAAAGGAAAGCAGAUCAUUGUUCCAUGCGUCCUGGGGCAAGGCAGUUUGCAGGAUGUCAAGCUCAGACACGAUGCGUUGGUCGAAAGGAGGCGUAAGUUGGAAGCCAACGAGCAGUUGAUUGGGAAGCUCCUCGCUGCUGCUGGUGGUGAGGCUGGUGACCUGGAAGGGCAGGCUAGCAGUCACAGAUGCACAGGGAAGCAGCAAUUGCGACAUAGCAAGACAAAGUACAGACAAGGCUCAGAUUUGAUCCGUGGACGAAGGUAUGCUUGUCAGCCAGGAGCACAGCAAUGCUCUCGGAAACUUCUCAGGUUCUUGUGCCCUCAAUCUAUUGACUUAGCUUCUUGGAUUGGAAAGGAAGCUUUCGCAUUGUUUUUCUCCUGGGCACGCAGUGAUGUGAUCAAGGAGCUAGGUUUGCCAGCUGCGGAAGGGAAGAAAGUUUUGCUUGAAGUCAUAAACGGUGGCGGUCCGCCUAGCCGUCUGUCGGAACAUGAUGUAAUUGUUGGGCUUCGGAAAGCUGCCAUCUGGAUUAAAUGGCUUGCAAUUUCAAAUUUUCCCGAUCUCUACAGCCACUGUGAUGCAGACAGAAGCAAGCCAUCGCCAGACAACUCCAUGAUAGCAUACUUGUACCAAGCUGUUGAAGAUCUAGUUUUGUCUAGCUGGGUGCAAUUCCUCAUGACGCAAGAUCUCGUGCAUUUAUCCCUUCACUUCGACGGUUGCCGAAUUCAGGGUCGAGCGCUUGACACGGCUUCAAUGUGUCAAGAGUCUUCGGAGUGGAUUGCCAAAGAGACUGGGUUUCAGGUGGUUGUGAAGCAGAAGAAGCACCUGCUUCUCGCGGAGCUGUUGGGAAGGGAUGGACGUGUUUGCGAUACUCUGUCACUUUCUUCCAGCUUCGACUACUCUGCAAAUGGCAUUCUUACAUGCCUGACCUACAUUGCAGACCUCUGGUCACCAUUGGACGCAUGGCUACAGGAACAUAAGGCAAACAUUGAAGGAGGUCAAACACAUCGUUCAUAUAAAGAAUGUUUCAAAGCUGCAGAUGUUGCCUUCUCAGUAGACAUUGGUUUCUGUGCUGAGAAGACGGGGAAGUACCUACUCCAUUGUGAGCACAAUGGAUCUCCGCUCGUCCUUGGAUGUGUAAUGGCCGAAGAAACUUGCAAAGUGUUAGUCCGGGACACAGUAUAUGCGCUAUCAGCAGAUGCUUUCAAGGCAUGUGCUGAGGAGUCAAUUGAUUAUGCCUCCCUAGUGACAUUUCGCAUGCUGAAAGCAGGCGAAAAACCCCGGCAAGAAUCUGAAGUUCUUCUGGAACUGCAGGCCGGCUUCGAUCUAUCUGGCGGUGCUGAGUUGGAGAUGUUGUGUGAGUGCGAAGGAUUGCUGGAGAAUUCUGAUGAUGAAGGCAUGGCCGGAUCACAUGUUGAUGAAUCAAUAGUGCAGGUGGGCGAAGAGUUGCUGGCGUUGCUCGCAGAAGAAAGAGGUGAAGUCCUAGAUAGCACUGAGACUGUGCAUGAAGGCAGUAUGCACCGUUGUCCGUUCUGUCCGUUCCGGCAAUUCCCUCGACCUUCUCGUGUGAUGGAGCAUGUGCAAAAGUAUCAUACAACGAAACGACAAUUCUGUUGCAGUGGCACCAAGCAAGUCAGAGUCAUUCAGGCUUUGUUUGACGAUGACCAGCUCCGCAAUAUACAGCCAAGUGCUCGCUACCUCCGCAGGAGCGCCGCCGUGUUGCGAACAUCAAUUGGGAAUGAGGAUGGAAGCAUCAAUCACCUUGAUCGUCGAUUACGCUUGGUCUUGACGGAGAAGGGCCCCGUGUACAAAAGCUUGCAACACGUUGCUGAGAACGAAACAGUGUACCGUCGAGCCAAGAACUUGUAUUACACGCAUGGAUUUGCAGAUAUGCUUUUCCAAGAGAUGAUGGUUAGCAAUGCAAAAAUGAAGCAAGCAUCUCGACUGAAGCUUGUAGACAUGUAUCCCUUGGAUGCACUCUUUGUUGCGGCUAGCCGGUUGGCUUUGAGACUCGCAGCAAGUGGCAGCAAGCUCACGGGCCUCUUGCCUCAGCAUGUUCGACACUGGUGGCCGCUCGUGGAGGACAUCUUCUACUCCGACGCCGUGGACCAGCUGUUCGCCCAAUCUAUGGCAGAGGCGGUUCACCAUACGGAAUUUGAAUCCGUCAGUGUGGAUGCAACCCUGAAGUGUUGCCUCUCCAUUCUCGGCCAGAGUUCCUACAGAGCAGGGCCGCAGGAACGAGCCAGCGCUGCUUUCACGGGGAAAGAUUGCUUUCGCAAGGUUCUGACAGUCCGUGGGCGAACCGGCUGUGUACUGCUCAUGGCUCCAACGCCAAAUGAGGAGGCACCCGCCAUUGCCGAGCGCAUUGCUGAGUCGUUGCCUGAAGAUGGACUCCGGCAAACACGGAUUGUGUGCACGGAUGAUCCUUCUGCGCAUUUGUUGUCGACAUUGCGCAAUGUCAUGCCAAAGCUGGAGCUGCUAUGCUUGGACCCUGUCCACCUAUGCAUGACUUUUGAGUAUGGGACGUACAGAAGAAGAACAAAGGCGUCAACCAUGUUGAGAACAAUUAUGCAAAAGUUUAAUGCCGUGGACUUUAAGAACAUGUCAGCCUACAACUCCAGGCCUUUCAACGGCAUUCAGGAUGUUUCGUUCGAUCACAUCACCAAGACACGUCGAGAACAGAUUCUGAGUGGAGGAAUGGGAAAGGCCAAAGCAGAAUCUCUCCUUGACAGCCUGGAUGCUGCGAAGCCUUGGCAAUGCGAACGGGAUUGCAUUGAGGCCAUGGCAGCAUUUGUCCGAUGUUUUCCGGACGAUGUAGACAAAAUCAUUCCCGGUCCGAACCGGUCUGGACGGCAAGUGCUGUACACUGCCUGCGCGCCUGCGAGGAUGCAAUGGUAUUUCAACAACAUCCGGGCGCGCCAUAGUAUGCGGCCAGAUCGAGUUGUAUUACUUCCUGCUGGUACCACUUCCAACGAGGCACUGCAUGCUGAAGUACGAGCUUGGUUCCGAGAGACGCAGCAGAUGCAUAAGAGCACAUUGGAAAUCAAACUGCGGGUGCUUCACCUGUCCAAACUGAUGACCCACCAUGCGGGCAUGUACAGACCAACUUUGCGGCAAAUUCCGUCGGGCCUGGUGCUGGCUAGAUCUGUUGUCUCUUCUGCCUGGAAUCGACGAAAGCCCUGGAGCAAAUUUGCCGGACAGAGUGGCAAGGCUCAUUUGCCUCUCAAUGAGAGACGGCAGCAAGAAGCAUCAUUAGUCAAGGCGCAUGCUUCCAAAAAACCGGCUGCCAAUAUCAAAAGACCAGCGGCCAUGAGGCAUUGCGCAAAAAAGCCAGCCACGCACGUCCUCCCGCAGAAAGUGCGCAGGACUCCCUUUAACAGAGUAAGAGUGUCCACUUGCCGUAUCAUGGGCGAAAAAAGGCAAGGAGGUUUGAAAGCCUAG